GACUCCACACUGGUGGCCGCCGUCGGGGGAGAAGCAGGGGACGGGCACGGUGCUGUGCACGGUCACCUCGUGCUCCUUCCUGUUCUCCGCUAUGUGGAGCGAGUCUGGAGAGAACUGGAGGGAAAAAAAGCUGCCUUUGGUCCAUUUCACUGACUCUGGACCUGCUGAGUGAUGGGAAUGCAGCAGCUCAGGCAGGACCCGGCACAGUUCGAUGCAGUGCGGAUGGAAAAUAUCACCUUCAGCCGACGGCUCGGUGAGCUGUGAGGGAGAGAUGAAUAAUGAGGCAGAAGAAGAAGAAGAAGAAGAUGAACAACACCGGCCUCUUUGAUAAGGGAGAACCAGAAGCGGAGCCUCGGGCCGAUCGGGACAAAGUGCUGUCGUCACAGAGGCGGUCUCCGGUGUGUGCGGCGUCUGCAGCCCCUGGCAACAUUUCUAACCAGCAUGCAAUCUGUUCAGUCCAGUGGAACACCUAAUCACAGUACUCUGCUGCCAUCCAGUGGCAAGAAGAAGACAAUGAAGCACAGGAGAAAAGAGAAGGACCGUCCGACACACGAGCUCAGCGGCCUCCCAUUCGCACAGCAAUGGACCGGUUCGUCGGCUCAACCCCGAGAGAAACUCUGGAGCGAGUUUCGUCGUCGCUCGGCCGCAGUCCGACCUCCGCGGAGGUGGCUUCGUAUCUGGACAAACAUGACGAACUGAGACACCUCAGAGAGAACUUCCUGGUGCCCACGAUAGCAGAUUUGCCUCCUUCUGAUCUCUCCCUGGUCGAUGGCAGCAAGGAUUGCAUCUACCUGGUGGGGAACUCUCUGGGGCUUCAGCCCAAAAUGGCCAGGAAGUAUCUGGAAGAGGAGCUGGAUAAAUGGUCGAAAAUGGGCGUUCACGGUCACACAUCGGGCUCUCGACCUUGGGGGUGGGCCGAAAACAACAUAGAGGAACUCAUGGCUAAUGUCGUUGGAGCUAAAACCGAAGAAGUGGCGCUGAUGAACGGCCUGACAGUUAAUUUGCACCUUCUGCUGCUUUCCUUCUACAAACCCACAGCGGCUCGGCACAAAAUCCUUCUAGAAGACAAAGCCUUUCCCUCCGACCAUUACGCGGUCGAGUCUCAGAUCAGGCUGCGGGGAUUCGACCCUCAGCAGAGCAUGCUGCUGCUGUCGCCCAGGCCGGGAGAAGAGACUCUGAGAACAGAGGACAUCCUGGAGGCGAUCGAGAGGGAGGGCCACUCCGUCGCCGUGGUGAUGUUCAGCGGAGUGCAGUAUUACACCGGCCAGCUGUUCAACAUGGCCGCCAUCACCGAGGCCGGUCAGAGAAAGGGCUGCUACGUCGGGUUCGACUGCGCCCACGCCGCAGGAAACGCCGAGUUAAAGUUACACGACUGGGGAGUCGACUUCGCCUGCUGGUGCUCCUACAAGUAUCUAAAUUCAGGUGCCGGCGGUCUAGCCGGAGCGUUUAUCCACGAGAAACAUAAAGACUCCAUCAGACCGGCGCUGUCGGGAUGGUGGGGACAUGACCCGAAAACUCGGUUCCAGAUGAAUAACGUGUUGGAGCUGCAGCCUGGGGUGAGCGGCUUCAGACUGUCCAACCAGCCCAUCCUGCUGGUCUGCCCCCUGCAGGCCAGCUUAGAGGUAUUCGGCAUGACCAGUAUGCAGGCAUUACGCAGGAAGUCCCUCCUGCUGACAGGUUACCUGGAGUAUCUGAUCCAGCAUUACUACACCGAAGACCCCGCCCAGCCCCGCAAGCCUCACGUCCGAGUCAUCACGCCCUCUGACCCUCGGCAGAGAGGCUGCCAGCUUUCGCUCUCCUUCUCCGUCCCCAUCGGGAAGGUCUUCCGGGAGCUGGAGAAGAGGGGAGUCGCUUGCGACAUGAGGGAGCCCAGCGUGCUGCGAAUCGCUCCGGCGCCGCUCUACAACACCUUCGGCGACGUUCACCGCUUCAUAGCAACUCUGGGAUCAGCUCUCGCCGCCAGCAGCAACAAAUGAAUGAAAAGCGGACUCCGACUCUGACUGACUGCCGCACACUCAUAAAGGUAGACUGUCAAAUAUUCAAGCUUAGCGUGGCGCCCCCCCCCCCCUCACCAAUUAACACCUACUUUGUUAUAACGUCGAUUUCCCCCUAAUGUUCUCGCACGUGUUUAUGCACUAUUACCUUGACGGAUGCCUAUUCCACGAUCGGACAUAAUCGGCAUAUCAAUAUGCAAAACCUAAAUGGAUUAACCUUCUUUAAAACUAAUGAGCACUUGGAUAGCCAGCUGGGGAAUGGACCAGAAUUAGCGUUUGUCAUCUUUUUGGGGUGAUGUGAGAAUAAAUAAUUGAAAAGAG